ACUUGGACACCUCCAACACACGAGGCAUGUAAAUUGUUGCAAUUUGAAAUUAAAAUUUUGAUAAAUUUUCUAACUCCUCAGUCCUUAGUAUUUGUUUACCCUAACAUUGACUAUUAUCGUAUAUUAUGUUGAUAUAAAACUGAAAAAACAGAAUUAUAAUUAAUUUUUUAUUUUUAUUAUCCACAAUAAAAAUGUCUAGACCAGAACAUUUGGCACCUCCCGAAAUUUUUUAUAAUGACGACGAAGCCAGAAAAUACACUCAAAAUUCUAGGAUGAUUAACAUUCAAUUGGAAAUGGCAGAAAGAUGCUUGGAGUUAUUGUUGUUGCCAGAAGAUCAAACUUGUUUGUUAUUAGAUUUGGGUUGUGGUUCUGGCUUAAGCGGCAGCGUAGCAGAAGAAUCUGGACAUAUUUGGUUUGGAAUGGAUAUUUCUGAAUCCAUGUUAAAAAUUGCCAAAGAAAGGGAAGUUGAAGGAGAUUUAUUAUUAGGGGAUAUAGGCAAUGGUGUUCCUUUUCAACCAGGUACUUUUGAUGGUGCAUAUAGUGUAAGUACUUUGCAAUGGUUGUGCAAUGCGGAUAAAUCUUCGCAUAAACCUGCUAAAAGGCUGUAUACAUUAUUUUCUACAUUAUUGGCCUGCUUGGGACGCAACGCUAGAGCUGUUUUCCAAUUUUAUCCAGAAAAUGUACAUCAAACUGAUUUAGUAGUAACACAAGCCAGAAAAGCUGGAUUUUUUGGCGGAUUAUUAGUUGAUUUUCCCGAAAGUACUAAAGCAAAAAAGUAUUUUUUAGUCUUAAUGACAGGUGGAGCUAUGCCUAUGCCAGCUGCACUCGGUUCAGAGAACUCAAGUGUUAACUACACAUCAAAGAGGGAAAAAAUGACUAAAAGUCGUGCUACAAAAUUGGUGAAAAAAAGUAGAGAGUGGAUUCUUGAAAAAAAAGAAAGAAGAAGACGACAAGGCAAAUCAACACGGGAGGAUACUAAAUACACUGGAAGAAGUAGAAGUGGACGAUUUUAAUCAUUAUUUACGAAAAAAUAUUGUAUAUUAUAUAAGUCUGUCAAUAUACUUCAUGAUACCUCUGAUUCUUGGAAAAUAUAUUUUGAAUACAUGACCAUUUUUUUUUUAAA